CUCUCCCUCCCUUUGUCUCUAUCGAUCAGUGGGAAAAACAGCCUUAUGUGGGGAUUAACAACCACAAAAUAAUAAUAAUAUCAUGCAGACCUCGCCUUGUGUGUUUAGAAAUCAAGCCUGAAGUGCCAUGUAUGUGACAAAGAAAUAUAAUUCCUUUAAUGCCACUGCUGGUUUUCAGGGAAAACGAAACGCAUUAAGCAAGCCAAGGACGAGGCCAUGGUGGAGAUCGACCAGUACCGGCUGCAGAGGGACAGGGAGUUCCGGACGAAACAGGCGAAGGUGAUGGGCUCGCAGAGCAAUCUCUCGGAAGAAAUAGACGGGCAGACACUAGAGGCCAUCAAGGACAUGAGGGGCGGCUACCACCAGCGCGUGGAGGGCGUGUUGGCGCAGGUCCUGAACAUGGUCUGCGACGUGAAGCCCGAAAUACAUGCGAACUACCGAGCCGCCCGCUGAAGGCGAGGCCUGCGCUUCAGCAAAGGGGUCGCCAGGCCGCCCGGCUGCUCCUGGCUUCCAGUUGAUAUCAAGAAGCUCGAAAAGUAGAAAUCUCACAAUUACUAGGCGGUCCCCAGGUUUCUCUGUGACGUAAUCCACGCGUCGGCACCAAAUGUGGAAGCAGACAGACGCCACGUGGUCACCUCUUUCUUGGGGACAGGCCUUGUCUGCUCAGUCUCCCUGGGAUCCGCUUCUUUUGUAAAUGUCUUAAUACAGAAAAUGGUGUUGAA